UCUUUCAGUAUAGCAAGAUGGCUGAUCAGACUGAACGUGCGUUUCAGAAGCAACCCACAAUCUUUCUUAACCGUAAGAAAGGUCUGGGCCCAAAAAGAAGGAAGCCUAUGCGGUAUAGCCGCAAUGUAGGUCUUGGCUUCAAAACACCACGUGAAGCUCUGGAAGGAACUUACAUUGACAAAAAAUGUCCAUUUACUGGUAACAUCUCUAUUAGAGGACGCAUUCUCACUGGUGUAGUACAAAAGAUGAAAAUGCAAAGGACUAUUGUCAUACGUAGGGAUUACCUCCAUUAUAUCCGAAAAUAUAACCGUUUUGAAAAACGUCAUCGUAACAUGAGUGUUCAUCUGAGCCCUUGUUUCAGAGAUGUUGAAAUCGGUGAUGUAGUAACGAUUGGAGAAUGCAGACCUCUCAGUAAGACGGUCAGAUUUAAUGUUCUGAAGGUUUCUAAAGGAACAGGAUCUAAGAAAAGUUUCAAGAAAUUCUAAGAUUAUAAAAUUCAUAAGCUAUGGAGAGGUUGACAUUGACAGGAACAGAAGAGGGAAGAGAAAUUACCAUCUUCAUUUGUAUCUUAUAAUGUUACAAAUUAAUAAAUAAAAACAUUUCUAUACAAGA